UGUAUCCAGAUUUUUUUGUACUUCUAUGAAUAUUAGCACUUUUAAAUUUAGUUUACUGACUGUAAUAAAUAUAUGCUUAUUCAAUGUUGGACAUAAGUUGGGAAACUGCAUUAUGUAUUUGAUUGUACCAGUUUUUUGAUGAGUUUUACCAUAUCAUUUUUAAGGGAACACCACAAAAAGAUGUCAUAAUAAAAAAUGAUGCUCCAUCAACAUUAUUGUUAGAGAAGCAUGGAGACUACAUAGCUGCUUAUGGAACGAAGAAAGAUGAUUAUGAAUACUGCAUGUCAGAAUAUUUAAGAAUGAGUGGUGUCUAUUGGGGAUUGACAGUAAUGGAUCUCAUGGGGCAGCUUCAUCGUAUGAACAAAGAAGAAAUUCUGGCAUUUAUCAAAUCAUGCCAACAUGAAUGUGGUGGAAUAAGUGCCAGUGUAGGCCAUGAUCCUCAUCUUUUAUAUACAUUAAGUGCUGUUCAGAUUCUAACCCUCUAUGACAGUCUAGAUGUUGUUGAUGUAAAUAAGAUCAUUAGUUAUGUAAAAAGCUUACAGAAGGAAGAUGGAUCAUUUGCUGGAGACAUUUGGGGAGAAAUUGAUACUAGGUUUUCAUUUUGUGCAGUAGCAACCUUAGCCCUUCUGGGGAAGUUGGAUGCAAUUGAUAUGGACAAAGCAGUAGAUUUUGUGUUAUCUUGUAUGAAUUUUGAUGGAGGGUUUGGUUGUAGACCAGGAUCUGAAUCUCACGCAGGACAGAUCUAUUGUUGCACAGGAUUUCUGGCUAUAACUGGCCAGUUACACCAAAUAAAUGCUGAUCUUCUAGGAUGGUGGCUUUGUGAACGUCAAUUGCCAUCUGGUGGCCUUAAUGGAAGACCAGAAAAGUUACCAGAUGUAUGUUAUUCAUGGUGGGUAUUAGCAUCCCUGAAGAUAAUUGGCAGGUUGCACUGGAUUGACAGAGAGAAAUUAUGCAAUUUUAUCUUGGCUUGCCAGGAUGAGGAAACUGGAGGAUUUGCUGACAGACCGGGAGAUAUGGUGGAUCCAUUUCACACUUUGUUUGGAAUUGCUGGACUAUCAUUACUUGGUGAAGAACAAAUUAAGCCUGUAAAUCCUGUGUUUUGUAUGCCUGAAGAGAUCCUUGAAAGAAUAAAUGUACAGCCUGAACUUAUUAGCUAGGGUACAGUAUGUAUAAAAACUUUAAUCAGCAGCUUUGAAUUUUUCCAUCAAGGCAUUUCUAAAUGUGUUUACAUUUUAAAUUGCCACUUUACUGUAAGCACUAUCAUUUUGUACAUGUUACUGUACACAAAGUAAAUAAACUGAGUAUGACAUGUACUUGAGGUUUUCAGUAACAGAUGUAUGUAUUUAAGUAUUUUGCCACCAGUGCUGCUUCAUUUUGAAAAUAACAUACUAUGUUAGGUGCAGUAGAUAAAUACUUGAAUUAUGACUAUGAUACAAUCAUUCAUCCAUCUGGGUGAUAAGCAACAACUACUAGAAUUGUCCUAGGCAUUCCUUCUGUUGAUAGAAAUUUAUUUGUUUAUUUUGCCAGUGACACUUCAUGCACUUGAAUGCCCUUCAGGAUAUGCGAUAAUUAAAGCCAGUUUAAUUUAUUUGUCAAACCAUAAUAGAAGAAAUACAAUGGUAUCCAAAUAGUUACUCUCUAUUAAUGACAUUCUUUAAUGAAAACUCGUAAUUAUAAUGUAACUUGGUUUUAACUAAAGGCCUUGCUGAAUUCUACAACUUGUUUUCUUUGCUCUAAAAUAUUUAUUGUACAAUGUGGCUUGAAUCCCAAUUUUAGUAAACUUGGAAUAAUUGUAUAUAUUCAAGAAUAAAGUUGUAUAAGAUUG